AUGACCAUAGACGAGGAGAACACUACAGAGCACACCCCGACCCACCAUACGCUGCAGCCGCCCCAGGCAGUCUUCCCAGCAUGCAUCUGUGCUGCGGUGCUUCCCAUAGUGCAUCUGAUGGAGGACGGGGAGGUUCGGGAAGACGGCGUGGCUGUGAGUGCGGUCGCCCAGCAGAUCCUGUGGAACUGCCUCAUCGAAGACCCGGCUCUGGUUCUACGACACUUCUUGGAAAAGCUCACAGUUAGCAACCGCCAGGACGAGCUGAUCUAUAUGCUGAGGAAGCUUCUGCUGAAUAUUGGGGACCUGCCCGCUCAGACCUCUCAUAUUCUCUUCAACUACCUGGUGGGCCUCAUCAUGUACUUUGUGCGGACGCCAUGCGAGUGGGGGAUGGAUGCCAUUUCAGCCACGCUGACCUUCCUGUGGGAGGUGGUGCGCUACGUGGAGGGGCUCUUCUUCAAAGACCUCAAACAGACCAUGAAGAAGGAGCAGUGUGAGGUCAAGCUGCUGGUGACCGCCUCCAUGCCCGGGACUAAAACGCUGGUGGUCCAUGGGCAGAAUGAGUGCGACAUCCCCACACAGCUGCCCGUUCACGAGGACACGCAGUUCGAAGCCCUACUCAAAGAGUGUCUGGAGUUUUUCAACAUCCCUGAGGCCAGGUCCGCGCACUACUUCCUUAUGGACAAGAGAUGGAACCUGAUCCACUACUCCAAGACGUACGUGAGAGACAUCUACCCGUUUCGCAGAUCAGUGUCUCCUCAGCUCAACCUGGUCCACAUGCUUCCUGAUAAAGGCCAGGAGCUCAUCCAGAAGCAGGUGUUCUCCCGGAAGCUGGAGGAGGUGGGCCGUGUCCUCUUCCUCAUCUCUCUUACUCAGAACAUGCCCGCGGUGCACAAACAGUCCCACGUGUCCCUUCUUCAGGAGGACCUGCUCCGCUUGCCCUCGUUCCCCCGCACCGCUGUGGACGCCGAGUUCAGUCUCUUUAAUGAACCGCAAGGUAAAGAGCUGUUUGGCCUGGACACGCUGCACAAGGUGCUGUGGAUCAAGCUGUUGGAGGAGAUGUUUCUGGGCAUGCCCAGUGAAUACCCCUGGGGAGACGAGAUGAUGCUGUUCCUCAACGUGUUUAAUGGCGCUUUGCUGCUGCACCCAGAGGACAGCUCCCUCCUCAGGCAGUACACCGCCACUGCAAUCAACACGGCCGUGCACUUCAACCAUCUGUUCUCUCUGAGCGGCUACCAGUGGAUCCUGCCCACCAUGCUGCAGGUGUAUGCAGACUAUGAGAGCAACCCGUUACUGAGGAGAGGCAUUGAGUUCUGCUGCCGACAGUUCUACAUCCUCCAUCGCAAACCCUUCAUCUUACAGCUCUUCGCCAGUGUCGCGCCCUUGCUGGAGUUCACAACCAGCACCAGCACAGGCCUCUCCAAAGGCGUGUCUGCCCAGUGCCUUUUCGACCUGCUGGUCUCUCUGGAGGGGGAGACGCAGGACGCCCUGGACGCUCUGGAGCUGGUCAAAGCAGAGAAGCCACUGCGUUCCAUGGACUUCUGUUAUGGAAACGAAGACCUGGCCUUCUCUAUCAGUGAAGCCAUCAAAUUGUGCGUCACUGUGGCCGCUUACGCACCUGAGUCUUUCAGAAGUCUGCAGAUGCUGAUGGUGCUGGAGGCUCUGGUCCCUUGUUUUCUGCAGAAGUUGAAGAGUAACACCACCACCAUGGAGUCGGCCUCCGCAGCCCGGGACGAGAUCGCGGCCAUCGCAGCCCUGGCCACCUCCCUGCAGGCCCUGCUCUACAGCUCUGAGACUCUCACACGGCCGAUGACUGCACCACAGAUUUCCCGCUGUGACCAGGGCCACAAGAGCGGAACUACAGCGAAUCACGCCAUGUCAGGAGGCGUCAACACCAGAGACAACCUCCACCUUCUGGAGGAGGGCCAGGGCAUGCCCAGGGAGGAGCUGGACGAGCGGAUCGCCCGAGAGGAGUUCAGGCGGCCCCGAGAGUCCCUGCUCAACAUCUGCACAGAGUUCUACAAACACUGUGGCCCCAGGCUGAAGAUCCUGCAGAACGUGGCCGGAGAACCGAGAGUGACUGCACUGGAGCUGCUGGAUAUCAAGUCACACAUGAGGCUCGCAGAGAUCGCCCACGCGCUGCUGAAGCUGGCCCCGUACGACACCCUGACCAUGGAGAGUCGGGGUCUGCGCCGCUACAUCAUGGAGAUGCUGCCCAUCACCGACUGGUCUUCCGAGGCCGUGCGCCCCGCCCUCAUCCUCAUCCUCAAGAGGCUCGACCGCAUGUUCAACAAGAUCCACAAAAUGCCCACGCUCAGGUGCGCGCGCCCGCAGGCUCUGUGCACCAGGAGACAGGUGGAGUGGGAGGCGGCCAGUAACCUGAUCGAGGGGAUCUGCCUGACGUUGCAGCGACAGCCAAUCAUCUCUUUCCUCCCUCAUCUCCGCUCGCUCAUCAACGUCUGCGUCAAUCUGGUGAUGGGUGUGGUGGGCCCCUCCAGCGUGGCAGAUGGGCUCCCUCUCCUCCACCUCAGCCCGUACCUGUCGCCCCCUCUGCCUUUCAGCACCGCUGUGGUCCGCCUGGUGGCUCUGCAAAUACAGGCUUUGAAAGAGGACUUCCCCCUCAACCAUGUGAUCUCUCCUUUUACCAAUCAAGAGCGACGUGAAGGGAUGCUGCUCAACCUGCUCAUCCCCUUUGUGCUGACCGUGGGCUCUGGAAGCAAAGACAGCCCACACUUGGAGCCUCCGGAGAUCUUCCUCCUCCUGCAGACGGUCAUUAACAUCCUGCUGCCCCCUCGCAUCAUCUCCACGUCCCGCACCAAAAAUUUCAUGCUUGACGCCUCCCCCGCCCACUGCUCCACCCCGGGGGACACGGGGAAGGACCUGAGGAGGGAGGGGCUGGCCGAGUCCACCAGCCAGGCUGCAUACCUGGCCCUGAAGGUGGUGCUGGUGUGCUUUGAGCGCUCUCUGGGGAAUCAGUGGUACCGCCUCAGUCUGCAGGUCAAAGACAUGGCUCUGAGGAAGGUGGGCGGCCUGGCCUUCUGGGACUUCAUCGACUUCAUCGUCCGCACGCGCAUCCCCAUCUUCGUGCUGCUCCGCCCCUUCAUCCAGUGCAAGUUGCUAACGCAGCCGGCAGAUUCCCAGGAGGAGAUCACCGCGCGCCACCACAUUGCUGACCAGCUGGAACGCCGCUUCAUCCCCCGCCCCCUCUGCAAGAGCUCUCUGUUCGCUGAGUUCAACAACGAACUCAAGAUUCUGAAGGAGGCCGUGCACAGUGGCUCAGCUUACCAGGGGAAGACCUCCAUCAGCACCGUAGGCACCUCUACCUCCGCUUACCGCCUCAGCCUGGCCACCAUGUCCCGCUCCAACACAGGCACCGGGACCGUGUGGGAGCAGGACAGCCAGCCGUCCAGGCAGCCGUCCCAGGACACGCUGAGCCGCACGGACGAAGACGACGAAGAGAAUGACUCCAUGAGCAUACCCAGUGUAGUGAGCGAGCAAGAGGCCUUCCUGCCCCCGAUUAUGUCCCAGAGACGCUUCUCCAGCCACGCCACAGGCUCCGCAGGCCCCCAGGCACAGGGCCCCCGCGCCACUAUGCUGCCCAGCAACAGUGAACCCAAUGUGCUAGAUGAGUCCCAGGCGCUGCUGCAGGACAGUAACCUCUCUAGGGUGGCCAGUGUGCAGAGUGAGCCGGGCCAACAGAACUUGCUGAUCCAACCUCCUCUGGGGAGGAAGAGAGGACUUCGGCAGUUACGCCGCCCUCUCCUGUCUAUUCCAAAGACUGAGCCUCGUGGGCGAUCAGGAGCCCGGCUCUCCACGACGCGCAGGAGCAUCCAGCCCAAGAACAAACCUCUGGAGACUUUAUUGGACUAUGAAGCGCACGCAGACCAAAAGAGAUCCGUCACCUUCACAGAGAACCAGGGAGCAGGCACAGCUGACACCCAGACUGAGGCCCACAGAUCUAGCCCCGCCCCCACGGUCAAGACCCCUACUCUGGGACUGCCCAACGUCAGAGCAGACCUGCACAGACCGGCCAACACAGUCGCCUCCAGCAUCAGCACUAAGGAGAGGCGCGAGCAGUGGGGCCUCCGCAGCAGUCUGUCUCCCCCUGCCAUCACCUCCCGCCCUCCUACGCCCUCCCCUCCCUCCCGCACCUGCUCUCCCCUCCCGCUCUCCCGCACCUCCUCACCCCUCCCUCCUCCGCUGCCCGUGCUGAGCGCUGCCCCAGCCCCAGGCCCGCCCCCGCCUCCACCCCUCCCCACAGCCCUCUCGUCCCACAUCAGGGAGAACCCCGGUAUAGGAGAGGGCGAGGAAGGGGACACGGCCGCCCUGCUGCCCCGCGCCCACAUUUUUAGGCACCUGGGGCGGGACGACGGGGGCAUGGAGAACCCCUUGCUCGCCCCACUGCUGUCCCCAGCCUCGCCCCGGCGCUCUCCUCGACACCUGCCUCUGUCCCCCGUCGACCUGGACCUGGACGAGUCCCAUGUGUGA